AUCAUUGUCAUUUUUCAUUCAAACUGCCAUUCAUUGAACACAGCACUUAUGAUUCACAUCCACACAUAACCAUCAAUGCAUAUCUCAUGCAUGUUACAAAAGAUUCAUGUUACACAUGACCAUCACUUAUGCAUUUCUACUCAUCCACUCAAAUGACAUACCUACCACCAUAUCUGCAUUAAAGUACUUUCUGUUUAGUUGUAUUAUCCGAUCUGAUUUCCUUGGUAUCAUAGUUGGUGCAUCUACCCAUGCUGAACAAUCUUUGCAUAAGUAUUCCAUGUACUUUCUGUUCUUCUUUAUUUGCCUCAUGCAGAAAUAAUGACUAUAGUUUGAAUCACACCAUGAGCAUGCAUCCAGUAAAAUGCCAACACACCUUUUCCCACAUGUAUAGCACCCCCCAGUUGAAACUACUUGACAUGAACAUUCACUCAUCUUGAAUAGCUAGAAUGAAACAUAGGUUAUUAAAAUAUACACCCAUUAAAAUUUGGUCAUAUGGUUCAUGGUAUUCGCAUAAUACAUUCAUAUAAGUAAUGCAUAACAUCUAAUUUGUUUUGAUAUGUCAUUUAUCUAUUUAAUUACAUGGUAUUCACAUGACACAUUCAUAUACGUAAUGGAGAUAGUAAAUAUGAUAAUAGACUUACUGUGUUUAUUAGGAUUCAAUGUUGUGUAAUAUAUGAACUUCACUCCUUGUGUUGCCUCCUCUACUUCGAAGGUUUGGUCUGUUUUCAUAAAUGAGGUAGUGGUUGAGGCGUUAAAGACUAUUUAUUCUUCUACAAUGUCAAGAUAGUCAAAUACCGUUGUUUAAAGUCUUAUGCAGGCCUACUGAGAAUGAUGGUUUGGGCUUUAGGUCAGUGGCUGAUAUUCAGAAAGUACAGUCUAUCUGGACUGAGCUUAUGCAAAGCAGAUACGGUAAGAGGGCUUUAGGGGAAAUGAAACCCACAGAUUCUCCCAUUUGGAGAAGAUUGUGUCUCAUCCAUGAGGAGGCUGAGACAAUGGUCACACGGAGCACUAACUCUAUUACUUGGAGACAUACAACAGAGGGGGAAUUUACAUCAAAAUCUGCAUAUAGGGCACUCUGUCCACAUGGGGGAAGGACACUAUCUAAUACUCAGAUUUGGAACCCUAAACAGGUCCCUAAAAUCAGAGUAUUUUUAUGGAAAUUAUGGCAUAAAUGUCUACCAUUUCCGGAGCAGGUGGCAGCCUUUUCUGCAGUUUACCCAUCUCGGUGCCCAUUCUGCAAAAAAGAUAGUGCAACACAAGAUCAUGUACUGCUUCUUUGUCCUCUGUCCUCUUCAAUUUGGAAAUUCUUCUCUAAUUUGCUGCUGAAUGGGGGGAAGUUAGGAAAUAGCAUUACAUUGGAAAUCAUGAAGUGGUGGAUAAGUAACUCAGGCAAAACGUUGGAUAAGGUCUAUAUGGCGAUAUUACCUGGAGUUAUCACUUGGCAUUUAUGGAAAGCAUACUGGGACUCCCUUUGGAACGAUACCGAGCACGAGACGGGGAGAAUUAUUUUCCAAAUAAACAAAUUCAUGUUAUCUUGGUGUUGUGCUAACGAAAAUCUCAAAGGGAAUGAUUCAUUGAAGAAAUUGGGACUGUUACCUGAAUCAUUUAGCAGGAGGAAACCGAGGAUCUUCCGGUGGGAGAAACCUAGACAGUCGCAUGUGAAGCUCAAUUGCUCGAUAUUCAGGGGAAAUGGAAGAUCGUCGGCAUGAUAUUUGUUGCGAGACCAUGAUGGGGAGGCGGUGGCUGCAGAAGGUUUUCCGCUGGGAGGUUCUACGGAAGACGAGGAAGAAACGCUAAGACAAGCAGCUACCUGGGCGGAGUCUCUUCGGUUUCCAAAUGUGGAGGUUGAAGCAUCAUUUAUGAGAGUAGUGGACAUGGGCCAUCAGCUUACACGGGAGUCCAAUGGGCUGCUUUCUUUACUCUACGUACCGAGCCAGGCAAGUCGCUCAUCGGAUUUAGUAGCCCGUUUGGGUUUUCAUGGUCAUUUCAGUUGGAGAAGGGGAGAGGUUAUGCCAAAGGAGUUGUCUGGAUCUAUCAAGUUAGAUGCAUCGGGAGUUCCAUACAUUUAUAAUUAGUUUUGUAUUCUUUAGCAUUCUUUUUGCCCUAAUUGGGCUUCUUUCUCGAUUUUGAGGGGUUUUUACGGUCUGGUCCCCCCCUCUUCUGUUUGCAUUUAUCAGUCUAAUAAUAUCUGGUAAAUG